ACCACGAUCUAGGCGCAUGUUAGGUAUUACAAAGUAUUAGGGGGGCGAGCGGUCAGUUUCUCUGAAGUGAUGGCGUCUCCUGCCGAGAAUGUUGAAAGCGGUGGAAAUAUAAACAAGGCUUUUGAUGAAAACCCGGAGAAACUUAAUGGAUCUGAUCAUAAAAAAGCUCAUGAAACAGACUUGGAACGAAAGCUUCAGGAAAGAAGCGACUUAAUCAGCAAAAGACCAAAAUGGGAUAAUCAGAUUGAAUUUCUUAUGUCAUGUAUUGCCACGUCUGUAGGACUCGGAAAUGUGUGGAGGUUCCCGUUUAUAGCUUAUCAAAAUGGCGGCGGUGCAUUUCUCAUUCCAUAUAUCAUAGUACUGUUUGUUGUGGGUAAGCCCAUGUACUAUCUGGAGUUAGUCAUUGGUCAGUUCAGUAACAGUAAUUGUGUGCGAGUAUGGGCUAUGUCACCUGCUAUGAAAGGCACAGGGUACGCCCAAGCCAUCGGUGCUGGCUACGUCUUGUCCUACUACGUGUCAAUCAUAGCUCUUUGCCUGUAUUAUUUAGCAAUGAGUUUUAAUUCAACACUGCCGUGGGCCCUGUGCGACCCGUCCUGGGAGAAUUGUGUACCUUCGGGAGAGUCAGUCAAUAUCACAGAGUUUGAUGCAAACACUACAACCAGCAGCGCUGAACUAUAUUUCACGAAAACUGUUUUAAGAAUAUCAGACGGGAUUGAUGAUGGAAUUGGUGCCCCGUUGUGGGAUUUAACAUUGUGCUUGUUGGCGUCUUGGGUCAUAAUAUUCAUCAUCGUUGCACGUGGAGUCAAGAGUUCAGGAAAGGCCGCCUAUUUUCUUGCACUCUUCCCCUACGUGAUAUUAAUAAUUUUACUUAUAAGGGCGGUGACAUUACCAGGUGCUGCUGAUGGUAUUCUGUUCUUCAUUACACCAGACUGGCAAAAAAUUUUGGAAGUCAGGGUGUGGUAUGCUGCUGUAACUCAAGUUUUCUUUUCCCUCUCCGUGUGCUCAGGGGCUCUCAUUAUGUUUGCGUCGUAUAACAACUUUAGUCAAAACGUUUACAGAGAUGCCAUGAUAGUGACUACAUUAGACACAUUCACCAGCCUCCUGUCGGGUAUCACCAUAUUCGGUGUCCUGGGUAAUCUGGCGUACGAAUUGGGACACUCAGAUGUCGGGAGUGUCAUUGGGAGCGGAGGCACUAGCUUGGCAUUCAUAUCGUAUCCAGAGGCCAUCGCUAAGGCACCGUUUUUACCGCAGCUAUUUGCGGUGCUGUUUUUCUUGAUGAUGACAGUUCUUGGUGUGGGAUCAGGUGUGGCAUUGUUGUCUACUAUCAACACAGUGUUAAUGGACGCCUUCCCGAGGGUCCCCACCGUCCUUAUGUCACUGGCCAUAUGUAUAUUCAUGUUUCUUAUCGGACUCGUUUAUGUAACACCUGGAGGACAAUACAUUCUUGAACUUGUAGAUCACUACGGCGGCACUUUCAUGAGACUAUUUGCAGCCAUCAUAGAAACAAUUGGAAUUUUCUGGAUUUAUGGUCUUGAAAAUCUAUGUAUGGAUAUUGAGUUCAUGUUAGGCGCUCGAACAUCUUUCUACUGGCGAAUUUGCUGGGCUAUUGUUACACCUAUCUUGAUGAUCGUGGUCUUCUUCUACGCCAUAAUAACGACUGAAAGACUUGUUUUUGGGGAGGACUAUAACUAUCCCCAAGCUGCUUACAUUGCCGGCGACUGCUUGCAGUACAUCGGUAUGGCUAUGGUUCCACUGUUUAUUAUUGUCGCUCUGUGGAAAUACAGAUCAAAAUCUUUUGUAGAGACUGUCAAAACUGCAUUCAGAAAGAAACCAACAUAUGGACCCGUUGACUUAGACAAACGGCGAGAGUGGCAAGAAUUUAGAAAAAACUUAAAAUACAAACGAAGCCUGAAAGAAAGAAACAUCAUACAACACAUCUUUAUAAUACUAUUCAAAGGAUAUCGGUCAUAAAUUAUUGAUUUGAUUAACGACAUAAUAAAAUAUAUAAAAGAUUUGAAAACGAUUAAAGUUGGUAAUCUGUCGAUCAUAGUCCGGCUUGAUAACAUGUAAAUAUAACCUAAUAUAUAAUGACUAGCUUGUAUUACUGUACAUACCUGAAUACUAUGUAGUAAGUAAUAUAAUAUUUAAAACAA